UUUCGAAAAACCAAUUUCAUUUCAAUCCAAAAAUUUCAUUUUUCCAAAUUCAUUUCCCGCCCUCUACAAGAAAUAGAAAACCCCCCAAACCGAAAACAAAAUCUAUUUACAAAUUACAAGUAAACUUUCCCUCUCUACUCCCUGCUUGUACAAUGGCUGUUGCUUCAGGUUCUAAGCAAAAGGAAGGAAAAAUGAAGAGCCCAACGAAGAAGAGAAAUAAGGAGUCUCAAGAGCAAUCGGAAAAGGUUAUUUCUACUCCUGCGAAGCGUAACAAUUGUCCCGGAGUACGCCUUGUGGGUGGGCGAAUCUAUGAUUCUUUUAAUGGCAAGACAUGUCAUCAGUGCCGCCAAAAGACUAUGGACUAUAUGGCUGCGUGUAAGAAUAUGAGAAAUGAUAAGCCUUGUCCAAUUCGUUUCUGUCAUAAAUGCCUAUUAAACAGGUAUGGUGAGAAGGCAGAAGAAGUAUCACUUUUGGAGGAUUGGAAAUGUCCAAAAUGCAGAGGCAUUUGUAACUGCAGUUGUUGCAUGAAGAGACGGGGUUGCCAACCCACCGGUAUACUUGUGCACACAGCAAAGGCAACAGGAUAUUCUUCUGUUUCAGAUAUGCUGCAGACUAAGGGGCUUAAUAAUAUUGAUCGCAUCAAAAUUCUGAAAGACACUAAUACUACAAACAAUGAGGAAAGCAUUGUUUUUCCUGAAAAUCGGGGGAAGGAAAAUUGUGUUGAAGGGGUGAUAGACUUAAUUAUGCAUCCUUCUCAUUUGCCAAAAAGUCCCAGUGCGGGCUGUAAAAGGAAAGUGGUUAACGAAAAGCCCGAUGGAAGGCUUUCAUUAAAGGAGAAUAAUCCUCUUGGCAAGGGAAAAUCUAAGAGAAUCAAGCAAGAGGGAGCAACUGAAGUGAAUGGUAAGACAAACAGUCCUAAUAAAAGGAGAUCAAGGAAUAAUGAAGUGAGUGACCUUGGUGUACAAAACAUUCCAUCUUCUGAAGAUAGUCCACAUGGUGGUGAAAAGAAGCCAAAAAAAUUGAUGCAAGGUCAACCAAGAUCAAAUUUUGAUAGCAAGAGAGGUGCUGUUGCAUCAGUGAAAGAAACUCUAUUAGAAAAAUCUCAAGAUUCUAGAAAGAAUGGCAAGGAAAGAUCUGUCGAGGAAGGUUCUGUGAAAGAUAACACUAUUGAAAAUAAGGAUCCUUUUGCCUUAACUUCAUUGCCCCAGGGCACUGGUUUGACAGCUGUUGGUGGCAUUGAUCUACAGUCGGAAGAUAUUGGGAAUGCUUUACAAUUUUUAGAGUUCUGUGCGGUUUUCGGAAAGAUUCUUGACAUCAAGAAAGGGCUACCAGAAGCUGUUCUUAGAGAUAUAAUGCAGGGGAGAAGUUCACGACGUGGAAAAUGUUCUUUGACAAUACAGUUUCUUAGUAACUUGCUAUCAUUUUUAAAGGAUGAGGAUGAGGAAAGAUUUUCAGCAGUAACUUCAACAGAAGGGAAAAACACAUGGUAUGCUGAUAUUAAAAUGUGCAUCUCAGAAUCCCCCAGUGUUUCAAGAACCAUGGGCUUGGAUUCUUUAAGUAAUGGAGCUGAUCAAUUUGAGAACUUGAGUCCCUCAGAAAAGCUCAAGAUAUUAAAUUUUAUCUGCGAUGAAGUCCUUGAAACUGUAAAGAUAAGGGAUUGGAUUGACGAUCAAAACACAAAAUUUGCUGAAAGGGCAAAGGAAGCAAAAGAAAAAGUUAUUGCUGCAAAAGAUGAGGAGAAGCGCCUGAAGCAGAAAAUGCAGGAUUGGAUAGCUCAAGCCCUAAUUGCGACAAAUGGUGCUCCACUCUCAAUAUCCGAACAUGAAGCAAUUGUUUCUCAAAUUAAAUGUGAAGCAGCAGAAGCUCAUGCUUCUGUGAUGGAGUCAAAGAACACUUAUUCAAAGUAUAAUCAAAGAUCUGAAGCUGUUAGGACAGAGCCUUUCUUUUUAGGCACUGAUGGUAAUGUGUAUUGGAGACUAAAAUGCUAUUAUGACAAAUCCGUUCUAUUAUGUCAAGACAUAGGAACUGGUGAUACUGCUGCAUCUGAUGAAAAAUGGUCCGCUUUUGAUGUUGGACAGAAAGAAAUCAUUGAGAAGCGCAUUAAUUUUUCAAGGGUAAAGAGGGUCAGAGCUCACAAAGUCCAGGGGAUACUUCCAUCUCAUAAUAGUGAAGCUAUUGCUUAAGAUCUUUUAUGAUUUUUGACAACCACGUAGUAGAACCCAGGUACUAAAUAUGUUCUGUAACAUGUCAAGAGAUGCCUGCCUAGCUAAGAUCAACAACCAUUGUUAUCAUAUUACAUGCAGUUCCUUGGAGGAAUUCAGUGGGUAGCGGCUUCUCUUAUGGAUGGUACUUUCACCCUUAUCUUUCUGUGACUUGCAGAUUCACAGUACCAGAAAAGAAGAGGGUAGAGGAUAGGAUUUGAAGAUUACAUUUCAAUAUGUUACCUUUACCUUCUGGUUGUAACGUUUUGUCAGUCACCUCUAGGAAUAUUGUAACUGCAGUUGUAUCUAGUUUCGAUUGUAAUGUGCCUUCUCCAUCCACAUCCUUUUGUUGUUUCUAUUUGAACUGCAUUUAAUGGUAGCGUUAUCUUAUAACAUACUUGUUGCUAUA